AUUACAACACCCAGCUUCCCAGUAGUAGUGAAGAUCGGACAUGCUCACUCAGGGAUGGGGAAGGUACUGCUCAAAACAGUGGUUGUGAGACUAAGAAAAUACACAAUUUUUCUGCAGGUCAAAGUGGACAAUGUGAGUGACUUCCAGGACAUUGCCAGUGUCGUGGCCAUCACUCAGACCUACUGCACCACUGAGCCAUUUGUAGACGCCAAGUAUGACAUCAGGGUACAGAAAAUCGGCUCUGACUACAAAGCUUACAUGCGAACAUCCAUCUCUGGUAAUUGGAAAAGCAACACUGGAUCCGCCAUGUUGGAACAAGUAGCCAUGACUGACAAAUACAAACUCUGGGUUGACACCUGCUCAGAGAUCUUUGGAGGUCUAGAUGUCUGUGCUGUCAAAGCUAUCUGUGGUAAGGAUGGCAACGACUACAUCACAGAGGUUGUGGGCUCAUCUAUGCAGCUGAUUGGUGAUCACCAGGCAGAGGACCGCAACCUGAUUGCAGAAGUAGUGCUGGCUAAGAUGAGCCAAGUGCUGGCUGCCAGGUCCUCUGGCGCCUCCCGCUCACCCGCCCGCUCCCCUCAGGGUCAAAAGCCAACAACUGUGCAGCCCCAACAGAGUGCUGCACUCAAAGAGGGACUGUCUGAUCCAAACAGGACUUCAGGCCAACGCCCUCAACCUCAAGGUGCACCAAUGAAAAUGCAGAGCAUGGACACAUCAGCAGAAUCAGCUAAAAGAGAAUCUGAAUCAGCACCAAAGCCCAGUCAGGUCCAGAAACCUGGUCCAGGUCCAACUCAGAAACCAGGCCAGCCUCAGAAACCAAGCUCUGUCCAGAGGGCCACCUCAGUCUCAAAGCCUCCAGUACAGAGGCCUCCCCCAAUGACGAGAGCCCCGUCUGUCGCAAAGUCAGCUGCAGAUUCUGCUUCCAGCUCAGGCCCAGCCAAAGCUUCAUCCCCAUCCCCUGCAAGAGCAGCAGCAGCAGCUCCUCCAGCAUCUCCCCCUGCCAAAGCCGCAACAGCAGCUCCAGCAUCUCCCCCUGCCAAAGCAGCAGCAGCAGCUCCAGCUUCCCCCCCUGCAAAAGCAGCAGCCCCAGCAUCUCCCCCAAGCAAACCAGCAUCCACAGCUCCAGGCUCCCCUCCUGCCUCUGCUCCAGUUCCAGUUCCAGCCUCUCCCUCACCCUCUGCUGCCACCACAGAGCAGCCCAAACCCCAGCCUCAAGGCUCGCCACUGGCAGCACCUGGAAAACCUAAAGAUUUACCCCCAAAACCCACCCCACCUGCAAAGCCCAUACCUCCAGCGCGCAGAAAUUCCAAACCCCAACUUCAGCCAAAGCCACAAACCCCACCUCCUCCUAAAGCUUUGCCCAAACCCCAGCCCGCUGCUCAGGCUCCAGAUAUGGCCUCAGCUCCUGCCCCAGCACAGGUUCAGUCCCCGGCCAAAACCAACCCGUCACCACCAAACGUUCAGUCUCCUGCUAAGGCUCAGCCUCAGCCAACCUCUCCUUCCCAAAAUCCCGAGCCCAGUGCAGUUGAAACAGCUGCCGAACCCACUGAGGGCCAGGCUCCUGUUGAGGAGCAGCCACAGCAAAAGACCCAUCCUCUGCUGAAUAAGUCCCAGUCCCUGACCAAUGCCUUCAGCGCCUUCAGUGACUCCUCUUUCUUCCGUGGGGUCUCAAGCUCCGGGGGCGACGGCCAAGAAGAAGCAAAAGCUGAGACCAUUCGCAACCUACGAAAGUCUUUUGCCAGCCUUUUCUCUGACUAG